AAUUCCUUGAAUAGAGAACAUUUAUCGAUUGAAUUGAAUGAACAAUGACUUGCUUGGAGAGAAAUCCAAUGGAGACCAGAUGUUUCUCGAAGCAAGUAAUUAUGCUCUUGCAACAAUUAUUUCCUCUCUCUCUGAAUAAUGAAUUUCUGUGUCCAGCAUCAAGAAAGUUUGAAAAGUUAGACCUAUAUCAAGACCUACAUUAAUGACUUUACCGGGUAAUGGGGUCAGGCACGAGAUCAGAGAGUGCGUGGCCUGCGCAGUCUGGCCUCCCAGUCUAAUCAAUAUCAAGUUUUCCCCGGAUAACAACUCCGAUACCAUGUGUGACAGUUCCACACCUAGACUCCCGUGAGAUCAUUGUCAACUGCGUCACGGGUAAUUUCUCAAUUCCCUUAUUAUGUGAGUAGAUCACAUUCCAAUUGGUAAGCUCCCUCAUCAGUUCUUCUGCUUGCCCUGAAGAAGUGAUGUGAAGUGAUUGUGCAGAGCUGAAUCAAAAUGGAUGGCAGAGUGAUGCUGGGUGUGAAUGUCGGCAUCAUCGCCGUCCUGACGAUUUUCACUGGACUGGUGGUGCUUCCGUUGAGACUUCUCCUGGAUACAAACGAGGUCCAGCAGAUCGUUCCGAUGAACAAAACCAUUGUAAUUGAGAAAGAAAUCGAGUUCCGGAGGCUGGGGCUGUGCCCUGCGGGAUACCAACACUGGAUAGCCUCGACCUUCAUGAGCAAUUACGACAGGAACUGCACGUAUGACAAUCCGAAGACACCGAAAGAUGUGAUUAUGGAAAAACCAAACGGCAUCAACUUUCCGGGCUUCCGUGUCAUCCGUCCAAAAUCAGUUCCCGUUACCGAUCACAUACUGGCACUUCUGCUGAUCGUCUCCGUCAUUGGAGCAUUCGUCGAGCUAUUGCGUCUGCGAUUCAUCAACCCUCAGGACACUGGGGAUGACGGGGUGAUGUCCAGACGGCAAUCGAUCGUCGAUCUUAUGCUGCCGAGGAGGUGCAUCUCUCGGGAGCCGAUCAAGCCGCAGAUGUCGUUGGACAGCCACAGAAUGCACCGAUCUCCUCUUAGGAUGCUCGCCACGUCGAAGGCAGGUUGCGUUCCGCCGUUGAUCCGGCGAUCGUCUUUUCCAACUUAUUUCACCCCGGAUGGCACUUGUGAUUCCUCUACACCACCGCACUCAUCACGACGGCCAUCAGUCACCGCGGAUGGUGAAACCGGUGUCAACACGUCUGUUCUUCAUCGCCGAGCUCGACUCAUUCGUCGCUGAGGUGGUGGAUUUUUUUGUGACCCACUGCUUGAUAGGCACAAUUGUGAUUGUCAAUCAAUGUUCUUUCGGGACUUGGAGACUCUUCCGGACGGAUUUCUUCGUCUACGACUUGGAUACACUGGACCUCAUCUCUGACUGAUGGCUGCUCUUCCUAUAUUUUGAAUCGAUUUCUUGGAUUCUGGGAACAGUUUUGUCUUUUUAAAUCGUCUAGGUACAUAUUAAGGAAUCAAACUUUCGAAGAUACUCUUGAAGAUUUUAUGAUGUUUUUGACUUGCAUUCCAGAUCUAUGUGAUACUAUCUACUGUUUGUGAUAUUGUAUU